UUGUAGUUUGGUAGCUUGUACGUGGUGAAUGGUGAAUGUUACCGGCUGUAAAGUAGAAGUGUUGUGAGUUUGGAUUUGCAGAAUAUUAUGCGAAUGUUGAGAUUAAAGCAAGAAAUUAUGGACGAUGAUGAGAAGGGCAAGCUCUUCGUUGGAGGGCUAUCUUGGGAAACAACCCAAGACAAUUUACAAAGGUACUUUUCAAGAUACGGUGAGGUAAUUGACUGUGUCGUCAUGAAGAAUGCAGAAUCUGGGCGCUCAAGGGGAUUCGGGUUUGUCACUUUUGCUGACCCAUCUAAUGUCAACGUUGUUUUACAAAAUGGACCACACACUUUGGAUGGCAGGACCAUAGACCCAAAGCCAUGUAAUCCACGGACAUUACAAAAACCUAAAAAGGGCGGAGGUUAUCCUAAAGUAUUCUUGGGUGGGUUACCGUCGAACGUUACAGAGACAGACCUCAGAAGCUUCUUCACUAGAUUUGGCAAAGUGAUGGAGGUGGUAAUAAUGUAUGAUCAAGAGAAGAAAAAGUCGAGAGGAUUUGGAUUCCUCUCCUUUGAAGACGAUGAGGCGGUUGAGAGAUGUGUUUCAGAACACUUUGUCAAUCUAAAUGGAAAACAGGUGGAGAUCAAGAAGGCAGAACCCCGCGAUGGUUCAGGAGGGAACAAAAUGGGUGGUGCGGAUCCGUCUUCUGCGUGGGGCCCGCCUCAGGCGCCCAUGGGGAUGAUGCAAGGUCCCAACGGACAAAUGGGAGGGCCCCCUAUGAAUUUAGGAGCCCCUAUGGGCCCGAACAUGAUGCAGAGCUAUCAGGGUUGGGGCACCUCACCCCAGCAGCAGAGUUACGCAGGAUAUGGUACCCCUUCGGGUCCUGGGUCCUAUCAAGGCUGGGGUGCUCCCCCAGCACCUCAAGGUCCGCCUCCACAAUGGGGUAAUAACUACGCUGGGCCUCCUCAACAGCAAGGAUAUGGAUCUUACGGUCCAAAUGCUGGCAGCGGCGCUGCCAGCUGGAACAGUUGGAAUAUGCCUCAGAAUACGGGCUCGACAGGUCCAUCUGGUUAUAUUGCAGGGGAUAUGUACUCCCGGGGGCAAUCCGGGCCGGGCGGCCCGGCUACUCCUAGCGCCCCGCCGAACAUGUCCUCCUCCGGCAGCAACUCCAAACCCGGUUCCGACUACUCCAGCUAUCCCAGCUAUGGAUCCUACUCGGCGGCUGAUUCCGGCUACGGUGCCCCGCCGCGCUCCUACGGCAGUGACGCUGGCUCGCAAGUCGGAGGCUACUCAUCUCAACCCCCGAACGCAGUUGGAAACGUGUUGGCUUGAUAAACAUGAAGAGAGCAGCCGGACUGGUCACUGCUACCAAACUCAAUUACUCUGAUUAGACAGACAUAUGACUCGCCGGCCAUCCACACCAUCUGUUAGCUAUCCUGACUGUUGUAUUCGGUCCGCACCGCUUGGACGGACACACUGUUGGCUUUAGAGUUUCUUUUAGUUAGUUCAGGAAUCGUAGACCUAAAAUCGCCCUCGGGCUAGGGAAGUUGUGAUGUCUUGUUCGAAUACUCUGGGAUGGUUUCUCUUGAUUACCUCACGAUAACAUGGGGAAUGCCGAAGAGCUUGCCUGAAGAAGGGACCUCGAUCAGAAGCACAAUAACGCUAUAUGCUAUUUUCUACUCAGAUCGUCAGCUUCUUUGCUGGACGUUUGCUCGAUUUCCUUUAAUUUCGCUUCUCUGGUCUUUUCUGUCAAGGUCCUCGUCCAUUUUGUGUGUUAUCUUUGGCACUCGGAGACCGCAUCGUAGAUAUUAGAGUUUGGCAUUGCUCUUUCCUCGCCCACCCUGUCAUUACUGAACUAUUAAGUAUUCCAGACACUUAUUUGUUUUUUUUUUAUAAAUAUGUAAUCUAAUAAAUAAUUGCUAGACAGACAGACAGAAGUAUGUUGACUAAUUUUAAGCACCGCUCAAGUUGUUAUUAUGGACAUAAUAUAUAUUAAAAUAGUAUAUAAAUUGAAUUUUUACCUCAUAUCUAAAUUGGAAUGUCUGCUAGGUAGCUGUUAACUUUUUAAUUAAUUUUAUUAGUAAUUUUACACUUAACAUUGUGAUUCCUACUUUAGCAAGUAAGUAUUCUUAUAUAAACUUAAGUUAAAUGCAUUUACAAUAGUUAUAAAUCUUUCGUAUAAUUUAAUUUAUUGUAUUUUUACAGAUAGUUUGAUAUCAGUCGAUUUUUUUUGUGUAAGUUCAUCGUUCUCUAGUCUGUCCUCUUGUAAAAUGAAAUUGUAGGUGGUGUAAUUGUAUAUACUAUAUAAAUGUAUUUUAUCUAAGUUAAAAUUCAGGGCCGACCAGCAGACAGUCUAAUUCUUUUAAGGAUUAAUAAGGAAUUGUUGUAAGUUAAGACCACUAUUUAAUAAAUAUUCAUAAAAUUUAUUUAUAAGUAAAUACAAUUUACUUAAUAGUGCACAACCACGUCAUAUAGGUAGUAGGAAUACGUUAAGAUCUGGCUGUACUGUACUAUGCUUAAUAUAGUGUUUUUUUAACUUUUUUAUCAUCUUUAGUUUAAUUUUUAGCUUGGACAUUUCCUCGCCUGAAAAUAAUUCACGUACGGCUCACUCCGAAGAUACAACUCUUCGAAACGAGAAAUUUUUGCAUUUUCUGUAGCAUUUAAUACCUACGAUCAAAAUUUUUAUAAAGCAUUUUUUUGGUUUCAGGGUUUAUUAAUUUCUUAAUUAGUAGUUCAAAUGUACCAUCAGUGAUGUUUGCUUUCUGAGCAGUAAUUCUUAAUUUCUUAACUAAUAGUUCAAAUGUACCAUCAGCUGUGCUUUAUAAGCAAUAGUUCAAAUGUACCAACUUGUGGCGGUAGUUUUCAACAAGUAAAAUGUGCAUCGUUUAAUUCAGGGAAAGCGUGGUGAGAAAUACGUUAAUUAUUUGCGUUGAAAGAGGUGUGGCCCGGCUAUCGAGAAGUUGAUUGUUUUCAACGUCGGCUUCCAUUCUGUAACGUCACCAGGGAAGUAGUAAAGUUCGAAAUUGCUCGAAUUAAAACAUUUUUAAGUAUUUACAUAUAUAUUACAUAUAUACUGUGUACAUUUUUUUUAUUUUACAUUUUUACUUAUUUUAUAUGAAAUUAAUUGUAUACAUAUUUAUUGAUAUAUAUUUUAGUUGCUACUUGAAAAGACUAAACCGUAAUUUAUGCUGAUAGAUUAAGGCGUACAAUUAGUUGAGUGGUUGUGAGUAACACAAAGAUAAAAAUUCUUAAUAUACAUUUAGACUUGGAUGGCGCGAUUUAGCUGUUAAUUUUCUUUGUUUUAAGCGUUAAGCGAUUGUUCAGCCCCGCCGAGGGGCGCCACACUUUUUUUGAUACUAUAAAUAGAUUAGCCAAUAUUAAGGUGAAUUCAUUUAGUAGAUAAAGAUUCUGUCUGUCUGGGCCUCAUGUGUCUAUCUAAUCAUAUAGUAAUUGAUGUUCUUUAAUCAUAUUCUUUUUUUAAUUGAGUAUGACAAUCUACAUUAAGCAAUGUUUCAUAGUAAUUUAGACAUAUAACAGAUGUUGUUUUCUAGUUUUUAAUUAUAAAUAUCUUCGGUUGACACAGACCAAUACUAGGGGUUACAUAAAUCAGUCUUAAAAAUAGAUAUAGUGGGUAAAUCUAUAAAGUAUUUAAUAAUUAAACAUGAAUUCACACGCAGAAUGUGCUGAAACUGAUCGACUAUCAAUUAGAAAAACAUUUGAAUAGCUAUUUAAUUUUUUUUAUUAAAAAAAAUGUAUUAACAAUUUUUUUCUGAAGUAGUGAAAAAAGUGCAGGCACUUCAUCCCUUUCUAACUGAAAAAGGAUAGUCACAUUCUUAAAUUUCAUGUGCUACUUUAUUUUGCUGAAGCUAUACUGAAAAGUGGUUUGAAUGUGAAUUAAACGUACAUCUUAACAUAAUGGAACACGGUUUUCUUUUAUUUUUCUCGACAAAAAGUAUUUCCGAUCUCGAUAUCGCCUGUAAGUACACGAUUUUCCAGUUACAUACUAAAUUUUCCUCCAAUGAACAAUGGGCACUCAGAGUUUCAGAAAUACUUUUUGUGACCCUUGACCCCAAAUAGUUUAUUUUAAACGACAAAAUUACAUAUCAAACCGAUAAGGAAUAGCUCUUGCCACGUGUAAAAUACACCUUUUCAUAAAUGCAUCCUCACAUUUUAAAUUGUGUGUUAUAUUAACACGGCAUACAAACUUAUAGACUGCGAAGAAGCCAUUUUUCAGUCGUGUUUUUUUUAUGUGGAAAACAAAUCGAUUAUAUGUGGCUCUAUAGCCCGUUUGUUUGGUUUGUGAGGUUCUGUCAAGUCCCACCCUUGAGCUGUGGGGUUGCCGUUCAUACAAGUACGACUAAUCCGAAUCGUCUACACAAUCGACUGGUUUCAAGUAAUACUUUCGUUUCGAGAAUGCAGUCUGCUAUCGUAGUUUCUCGUAAGAAUUGCCUUUUUUUGAGUUUCAAGUAGAAAGUGGUGUGAUUAUGGGGGAAAUACGACGGUACAAAUAUUUAUCUAGAUAACUUCACGCUUUUUCCACCGGGUCAGUUUCAAGAGUUGCAUGGUUGAAAAAUGAGGGUUUAACGACAGAUUAUUUUAUACCACAUCUAUAUACCUUCUGCUACUUUUAGUUUGGUUUAAUUUGGUGUCCCUUUCAAUUGAAAUUUUGGUUUCACGACUAUGAAUUCCACAUCUAAGAACUUAAUAUAUUUUGUCAUUGCAUUUUUGUUAUAUCAAAGAAUUUUUUCGAUAAAAAUAAUUCUACAUAAUAUAUAAAUAAGUGAGCAUUUUAUCAUUUUCAGCUAAGAAAAUAUUGCCAGUUUUUUUUUGGUGCCAGUGGUCGGUUUUUAAUGUUUAAAUUUAAGUUGAACUUUAAAUACAGUGUAAACUCUUUUUAACGAAUCUUAAGGGACCGGGGAUUUUUUUUGUUAUAUGGAGGGAAAAGGGGAAAAUAACCAAAUUUCACCAAUUACAAUAAUUUCCAAUUUCAUUAUGUACUUUGAAUAGGUAAUUAAAUUAUUCCAAACAAAAUAUUCUGUUAACUUUGCCUGACGUUUUUUACUAUGCCAAUAUUUGUUUUGUAUUUUCUCAAAUAUUUUAUGCAUGUCUUGGGAUGUAGUGGAAUCAUCUUUAUGAAAUGAUAAGAAUUUUUCAAUGAGUUUGGUGGCAUCAAGUGCUUGUUGAACAGUUGGUGAUGGUUCAUAAUCGUCCACUGAAUCAAUAAUGUCUUCAUCAGUGAGUGAAGCGCCAGGUCCUGAUCUAUAUUUUCGUAUGUUUGUAAAUCUUUGCAGAAAUGAUUCGGUUGUAUGCUGAACUGUUUAAUCCAAUCUCUCGGUGGUAGAUUGUCCUCACUACCACACUGCUCUGUUUCUACUGUGACUGUUACAUAGUUCCGCGUGACGAAAAGAAUGCUGUAUGGUCGCUGCUGUUACCUGUUUCCAGGCUUUCAAUAUGAAAUUUACUGCGUGUAGUAUAUUAAUCGAGGUCUUGCCGUCAGUUUCGAUCAGUUCCAUCAACAAUUUCCUUCUAUAGUGACCCUUUAGACUUUUAAUCACACUCUGAUCCAUCGGCUGCAAUAUAUUGGUUGUAUUUGCUGGGAAAAAUGCUAACUCUAUGUUUCGAAGAUUGGUUAUAAAAGGGUGAGCAGGGCAAUUGUCUACUAGAAGUAAGAUUUUCUGUCCCUUUAAUUCAGCAUCCCAUUUUCUAACUUCAAAGAACUGCGAUGUCAUCCAAGCCGACUUGUUUACUUUAUAUGUGACUGACAAUUGUUUUAUGUUCUUGAAACACAGGGCUUUUUGAUUUGCCUAUAACCAAGAGCUUUCUCUUUUCCGUGCCACUCCUAUUGGCAGCUACUAGAAUUGUAAUACGCUCUUUAGAGUUUUCCUCCCAUACAUUUUUCUCCUUUGAAUUUAAAAGUUUUGUCACGUGUCAUCUUGAAAAAAAGUCCUGUUUCAUCGCAUUGAAAAUGUCAUUUGGUGAGUACUUAUCCAUUAAUUUAGGCCACACAUUAUUAGUCCAGUCGUUAGUCACAUUCAUAUCGACAUCUCGCGCCUCCGUUCAGUUUACCAUAGGUGCUUAAAUUUUCCAAGCUAACCUUCUGAUGCUUUAAAGUCAGUAAUGCCUAGUUGUUCGGCAAACUUCUCAGCCUUGGCUUUAACGAUUGGCCCCGAGAUGGGUACAUUAUUCUGGCACUGAACCACAACAACAUUGCUUGAUCUAAGUCUUCGAAUUUUGGCUUCCUUAAUUUUUUAGUAGACACUCCCUGCAGUUCUGCCUGUAGAAUUGCUUUGUUUUUCCAAAUGGUAGCAACAGUAGAUGGACUGAGGCCUAAACGUCUUCCAACAUCACUUUUCUUUUCUCCCUUUUCUAUCGCACGUAUCAAACUUUUUCGUUAACACAUUAACGUUUUUCUUUUACUGGCCAUCUUGACAGUUUCAAAGUUGGUGAUAAUAGGUGCCUAGUGCGUUUAGUAAUUGAAUGCAAAAUUUCCUAGAAACAAUGUAAUCCAAGAGUAAUGGCACACGUGUUUGAGGCAAUUGGCAAUAACAAAAGCAAAGCAGUUGUUUACAACCUCGGGGUCUUUCUUAGAAAUUUCGGCACCUCAAAUAUUUAGACGGAACCUUUUGUAAGUUGAUUGUAAAAACAAUUACACUGUUAAAUACUUCUGUAAAUAUUUGCUGGCGUCUAAAUAUGAACAUAUUUCUUCGUAAUAGAGAUUGGCUGUUGCGCUAUAAAGAGUGUAUGGGUUUUGAAGCAAACCAACUAAAUUGACCUAAUUUCUAUGUUAUAGGAAGUUUUUCGUUAUAACGAACGACGUUAUAAAGAGUUUACACUAUAUUUAGUAUUUCAAGAAUGAUCAAAAUUAACGUUAAAGUUGACAUAAAAAUUAUUUUUUUAAUAAUUGAAAAAAGAGAAUUUGAAGAAUAUUAGCGAAAUUUUAAUAACCGGCUUCUUGAUCCUUCUAGCUUAGAUGCAGUUGAAUGCUGAUUGGGUUGUUCUAAAAACAGGCUGGUUUUUUUUUCUCGGGCAGUUCUUGGAAGUGGCUGGUGGAAAUAUUUUCUACCGAAUUAAUCCUAUAUAUAUAAUUUUUUUUAUUAUUGAGUAGUUAGAAGUUGGGGCGCGUUAUACUCAAUUUUGUCAUACAAAUAUAUGUAGAUGAUUCUAUUUCCAUAUAUAACAAGACUAUUUGACGUUCACUGUACACACGAAUAUAUUAAUAUACAUUUAUGGCGAAUGAAAUAGGUAUUAUUUAAAGUACUGUAGUUCUUAGAGAUUAAUACACUAAUACAAAAUAAAUCUACAAAUUAAAUAUAGAUUAUUUAUAAAUUGUAUUUUAUAUUUACAAUACCUAUUACUGAUAUAGUUAAUUGAAUUGUUAGUGUAAUUAUAAAUUUAAAUAGAGGAGUAAAAUUUAGAACAAUUCGACUGAUGUACAGAGAUACUGAAUAAGUUUUUAAAUUUAAAAUAUACAAUAAAACAUACCUUAGGGCCUUUGAUAUAGUGCAAUUCCUCAAGUGGUUUUUAUCUAGUAAAAUAGUACAUUAUGUAAGGGUAUUCUCGAUAAUUUCUAGCAUAAUUUAAAUUAAAUUAACUUAGGGGUAUGUGUUUCUCUGCAGAACACAAGACAAUUUUUAUAAAGUAUUUGUUGCUCAAAAGAUAUUAUUUUGUAUUACGUUUAACUAUAAGAAAUCCUAUGUCUACCGAUAAUGCUCUAAUUAAAGAAUUGUAUAAUUAAUAUAUGAGUGUGACCUGUAAGUGUGUAAAAUUGUUUUCUAAUUCUUAAGUCUGAUAGUUAAUUGACAAACGUGUUAUUUAAUAUUAAGUAAACGUUAUAAUCACAUAACUUGUCCCUCCUUUAACUUCCUCAUUCCUUUACGUCGACUAAUGUUAUCCUCUACCACCGUUCGGAAGCGGCCUAGAAAUGUCCAGCCAACGACGAACUGCAAAGUUGCCCCUUUCAAAACAUUUGUUUUCGUGAACGACUAAAAAAAAAAACUGUCGGAAACUGAAAUAAACGUUUUGAAAAAGGAACCGUUACAGCUCAUUUAGUACCCGCUGGAUUUUCAGGCCCGAUCCGUACGACCUGCUUCAUAGAUUUGUAUGUAUUUUCACCUGUUGCAAGCAAUCUUCAUGAUCAAUAAGCCUGUUAAAAGUAUUGUAAAGGUUGUCGAGGUCGUCGAUUUAGUAGUAAUUGUUAAUAUAUACAGAGACCUGUUUUAAGAAUUAUAUAUAAAUAUAUAUAUAUAUAAAUAUAUUAGUAGUGCAUUUGUAACGGGAUAGUUGAUAUUUGAAUAUAUUUAGCCUCCUAUAAGAUGUCUUAGUUUAUCAGAAUACUUACAAAACAAUGUACCUAUCACCAUUAUCUCUGAUUUAUGAUAAUGAGAAAUAUAAAUCUGUGAAAAA